AGACGCUCCUCCACGGUGCUGGCACACUCGGCAAUCGUGCUUCAUAAGCUUCGACCGCAUUUCGUACACCUAAUCUCGUCGAACCGCGAUCGAGAAGAAUGUUCGCGCUGUCGUUGCCUCGGCAGACGUGAAAGUUACAAAGAAACCAGUGAUAAUUGUUUCGUUUUCUUCGUUGUGUUUUCCCAGUGUUCGAUUAGGAGGGAAAAGUGGAGGUCUUAGAAAUGAGAUCGUUCGAAGCAAAGGUGAUCUAGCAUGAGCGUGAAUCGUGACGAUUACCGAGGACUGUUUAUGAUAGAACCGAGUACGUCAUUGCAAGCCAUCAUCCUUGAGAUACUCAACUCGCACGCGAGUACACGGCGCGGAAAACGGGCGUAGAAAAAAAAAACCCUCGUUAUCGUUGUGGAAACAAACUAUUAGCCUAAGAUAGCAUUUCGUCGGUGCUCGCGUGUGUGACAGUUGCCUCGCUAAAAUAUGUCGGAAGAGGAACGCUCGUGCAAUCUCGCGAUCGUUCAGUGACUCGUUUACGCUUCGACUUCCAAGUGAAUUCCGUUUCGUUAGACCCGACGAUAAAACUAACAAGACUAUAAAACACGCGUUAAGGUGUUUGACGCGCGCACGCGCGCGUAUCUUUACCCUGUUACAUGCAGACAGAACAGGAUGAGCAGAGGGAAAGAGUUCGCAGAGGUGCCAGGAGGGUUUUCGAAUUAAAAUCAUUAAUUAUCGAAGCGCGAAUUUGCCCAUGAAGCGAUCACGAUGGAACCGCGUGGGAUGAUGAUGCCUAACCUGUCGUGCGACGGCUGCGUCGACAGCGAUCGCGACUCCGACAGUAGCAGCAUGAUCGUGGACCCGGUGAGUCUGGACAAGAAUGACCUCUCGCCAUCGCAGUCGUCCUCCAGUCCCAUCAUAUCGAGUUCCCCGGUACCGCCUACCACCACCUCCUCGUCGAGGAACCGUGGCGGUAGUCGAAGCAAGAAAAACUACUCCAUGAUGUCGGCGAACGGUCAACAAAAGUCAAGUUCGACGAGUCAGCCGUCGUCUUACGGCAACGACAAGAUGUCCUCGUCUCUGAUCAAACCCCCAUACUCGUACAUAGCCCUGAUCACCAUGGCGAUCCUACAAUCGCCCCAGAAGAAGCUCACCCUAAGCGGAAUCUGCGAGUUCAUCAUGUCCAGAUUCCCCUACUAUCACGACAAGUUUCCCGCCUGGCAGAAUUCCAUCAGACACAACCUGUCCUUGAACGACUGCUUCAUCAAGAUCCCCCGGGAGCCGGGGAAUCCAGGCAAAGGCAACUACUGGACCCUAGACCCUCUGGCCGAGGACAUGUUCGACAAUGGAAGCUUCCUGCGACGCAGGAAGAGGUACAAGAGGCCUCCGCCGCACUACGUCCUCCGGGAUAGGGCCAUCAUGGCGACCUUCGCCAUUUGCGGCGAUCGAGGACCCUGUCCCGGAGGUGGCGGUGGUCAUCCAGGUACUCUCGCUUAUCCCAGUGCCGCCUACCUGUCUCCGCCACCUGGUCUACCCCUAUUGGACUUCUCUCCUUCGACCCUGGAAGCUCUGAAGCUCGGAGGCUUCCUGGAACCACCUCCUCCGUUGUACAAACCGGUGCCGAUCACCGCGCCACCGAUCAGACAGCUCGACCCAACACCAACGAGGACCACUACGAUACCCUCUAGUCAUCCUCCGAUGGAGAAGAAAAGGAACUUCAGUAUCGAUGCCCUGAUCGGCAAACAAUCGGCCACCGAUCAAAACUGCGGAGGUCUAUUGGAUCUCAGCCCGUCGGAACAUCGGGAGAUCAGAAGUCAGGCGUCUGCCUUUUCACCUUUGGUCUAGAAGACCUGUCCGAAGAACCGAGGCCAGAUCUUCGGCUUCCGGUAGGGGUCAAGAACUAUUUUUAUCGUUUUAUCGGAGAGGAUCAGGAUGCAGUUAUGGAAAGACGAAGAACGAAGAUCGAGCAAGAUUGAGAAGAAAAGAAACGACGAUGAUUUCGAUGUUCAUUGUCAGUUGAAGUUAACAUAUCGGACGCAAACCUACCUCUUCAACAUUCACAAACUGGCACCAAUGGAAAGUGAAACAAUAUUAAAUGGACGAUAAAUUCGCCCCUGGAGAAACGAUAGAAUGAAGUAAUUGUAAAGGAAAAAAAAAAAAGAAGUGUAGUGCAAUAGUGUAGUGCUUUGUUUAUUAUAUCAAAAGCACUGAUUUCGCUCUAACGAACGAUCUCUUAGCGUACGUCCCCGAAGAACUCGACAUUUCCAACCCUUCUAUUCAUUUUUUCCGUUCAAUCUCUUAGCCGAAGAAGUAGCUUGUGCGUGUUGGCUCGUUUGUAAACGAUCGAUUAAUAUCGGCACUGUAAAUACACACACUCCCGAACAAAUCUUUGCUCAGCUUUCUAUUGUUCGACAGAGUGAGAGAGUGGGAGAGAAUGGAGGAACGAGAGAGACAGAGAGAGACAGAGAGAGACAGAGAGACAGAGAGGGAGAGAGAGAGAGAGAGAGAGAGAGGAAAAAGGGAUAUUCGUUUCUGUGUUUGAAAAACGUAAAUGCUCGAUCGAAAAGGUCGGCUAGACGUUUCUAGUGUACAUAGUGCUAUGAUUAUUGAAAAAUGAUGAAACAUUUCAGUUCUUCUCGUUUGUCUACGUCUAGGCAACAACGGUUUCGUGGAAAUCCUCCUUAUCGUUUUGUUUUCUUUCUAAAUUGCGCUCUUUACUAUGCAAACGGUGCGAGGGAUUCGCUCAGUUUCAAAGCUUUUCUGUUACGAAACGAUCUCGCGCUAAAAGGAAACUUUAGCAAAAUGAUAACUACAAGAUUAAACAAAAACGAACGGGAAAAGUAUUCAAGGAAUUACUUAUAUAAUUAUCAGACACUCGGUUUCGCUAAAAAAUGGCGGGAAUUUCAACUAAUCAAAGAAUAUCAUUGUAUUAGAAUUAGAGUCACGAGGCGCGAAACGCGUCCGUCUGAAAACACUAUUUGUUCGUGUUUUCUUUCGAAUUUCAAGGCUCUGCAAGACAAGCAGGAUUCCUACUUAUUUCCGUUAUCGUCAACGUUUAUGUAGAACUGAUUAGGCCGUGGUUCGCGUGCUCGAGACGUGAAUGACGCUUGGCACGAUAACGAAAAUCAUUGCCCUAAUAAUAGAGCAAAGAGAACCUUCUUGCUUAACACAUAUCGUUGGAAGAAAAAACAUGGGAUAGUAAUUUUUUCAAAUAUUUUCAAUGGUGUAAAUAAUAUAGUGUAAUUGCAAAUUAUGAUUAAUUACCAAUUAACGGCUGUUCGAACGAAUCAGCUGAUGUAAAAAUGACACUAUAUUGCUUCCACCGACUAUACACACUUUACCGUUCAAUCUGUGCCAUGAAACGAAGAAAGCAGAGAUUUAACGUUUAGAUACAAAAUGUUUUAUUCGAUAGAAUCUUUUAUACUUGGACAAAUUCACUGUUGAACGAUUAAGUUUUAAUGUAUUGUACGAUGUUGCUUAUCUUAUCCACGCGAAGAGAAGAAGUAAAGAAUGAAAGAAGAUAGAGACGAGAAAAGAGACGCGGUCUCUAUUUGAGAAUAAUCCAUGAUUAUUAUUUGAAUGAUGUAUAUUUUACUGAUCCCGUCUCGACUCUCUGCUGUCGUGUGUGUUAAAGUAUUGCGACGAAAAUUAAAACGAUACGUCUGUUUGUUCCUUUACUAAAUAAGUACCGAUGCCAUAAUGUAUGUUUAGUUAUAGGUUAUCGUUACACUUGUCUCCGUAGAUUUAGUAAGUAUUAUACGUGUCAAGAUGAUAGAUUUAUAAUAACGUGUAAUAAUGUCAACAAUAAAGUACCGUUAAGUAUAAA